UGCAACCAUAAACCAUCGCAAUUGUAACAAAUUUUCUUAAAUUAACGAUUGUCUGUGCACAAAUUAUACACAAGGUGCAAUGGGAUGCGAUGGUGGAACUAUUCCGAGACGAGACGAAUUAGUUCGUUUGAAGAAGAAACCGGAACAGAAAGACAAAGACGCGGAAAGACAGUUCCGGUGGAAGCACUGUAAUCUGACCCAGGAACGAUUGCAGCAGCCGAUUGUGAUGUGCGGGCUUGGCCGGCUUUACUCCAAACAGAAUGUAAUCGAGCACCUGCUGGAGAGCAAGAUGCCCGAAUCGUGUGCGCACAUCAAGUCGCUGAAGGACAUCAAGGAUCUAAACCUGACAGCCAAUCCGGCAUAUGAAAAGAAUCAUGAUGAAAAAAGUGCUCAAUUCAUUUGCACUCUGAUUGGGCUAGAAAUGAGCGGACAGUUCCGCUUCGUUGCCCUCUGGAACUGUGGGUGUGUUUUCUCGGAACGGGCGUUGAAGGAAGUUAAGGACAAGAACUGCUCCUGCUGCCUUACUCCAUUCUCAGAGCAAGAUGUGGUGAUUUUAAACGGCACAGAAAAAGACAUCAAUCUAAUGCGAACCCGUAUGGAAGCCAGAGUGGCGCGUCUAAAGGCUGAAAAGAAGGCCAAAGCCGAAAAGAAAGCGAAAUCCAAAGAGGAAAAAGUUGCUGCUACCGCUACUGUAACGAGCAGCAGUGUUACUAUGGAUACUAUGGAAGCCGGACCCUCAAAAACAGUAACAGCUGGAAAGCUGGGAAGUAUGUCUCACAAGCCAAUCAUACCGAAUAAGAGGGCACUCAUUAGCGACAAGAUAGGAGAUGACCCGAACUUCAAGAAAUCGAAACAUGAUUACAGUGUAGCCAAGGAUCCCAAGGCAACUGCAGUCUAUAAGUCACUGUUUACCAGCCACGAUAGUGAGAAAGAUCAGAAAAGAGCCCAUUGGGUUACUUAUAAUCCCUUUUACAACUGAUUUAUCUUACUUUUAAAUUCAUGUACUCCUAACAUCAAUCUUAGCAGUAAAAUUUAAUGUUCUAAAAUUGGAAUCACAAUAAAACUAAUGCGUAACUUGGUACAUAAUAAA